GUGUUUACUUGAACUAGAUAACGUUUCUAAUUAUGCAGUGAAACUAUUUUCAUAGUACUACAUGUAGUAUACAAGUGAAAUGGCAUACACGAAAGGAUUGAACCACUGGGCAGAUAUUCUAGUCGUCAUUUUAUAUUUUAUAUCUGUCUUAGGUGUUGGAUUGUGGACUUUAUGUCGACCAAACAGAGGCAAUGUGAAGAAUUACUUUUUGGCCGGUCGUUCUAUGCCAUGGUUUGCGGUCGGUGCCUCACUUUUUUCAAGUAACAUUGGAAGUGAACAUUUUGUUGGAUUAGCAGGGGCUGGAGCGGCAUCUGGUAUUUCUUUGGUACUGUUUGAAUGGUUUGUGAUUUUUCUUAUCUUGGCGUUAGGAUGGAUAUUUAUACCGGUGUACGUUUCAGCUGGGGUGUAUACUCUACCGGAGUACAUACAGAAACGCCAUGGAGGGCAAAGGAUGCGAACAUACCUUAGUAUUCUAUCUCUCAUUUUGUAUAUUCUAACUAAGCUUGCCGUCAGUAUUUUUGCUGGAUCCCUGUUCAUACAGAUGGCUUUAGGAUGGGACAUGUAUAUAUCGAUUGCUAUAUUGUUAUUUAUUACAGGACUUUACACAGUUUUAGGUGGACUUACAGCAGUAAUGUAUACAGAUACACUACAAACAUCAAUCAUGACUAUUGGAGCCAUCAUAGUAAUGGGAAUAAGUUUUAAUCAUGUUGGAGGUUAUAAUGCAAUGAAAAAGAAAUACAUGGAAGCACUUCCAUCAACCCGUGAUCUGAACACGACCUGUGGGUUACCAAGGAAAGAUGCGUUCCAUAUCUUUCUCGAUGCUGCGGGACAGGAAAACCCUUGGCCAGGACUUGUGUUCCAGGCUUCUAUUGGCUGUUUAUGGUACUGGUGUUGUGAUCAAGUUAUAGUCCAACGGUCAUUAGCUGCAAAAAGUUGUUCACAUGCCAAGGGAGGAUCACUUGUAGCGGGAUACUUGAAACUUUUGCCGUUAUUUUUACUGAUGUUUCCUGGAAUGAUCAGCAGGAUUCUAUACCCAGAUGAAGUUGCUUGUGUGGACCCUGACGUAUGUAUGAAAGUGUGCGAUAAUCCAGCUGGAUGUUCUAAUAUUGCAUAUCCAAAAUUAGUAAUGGAGUUGAUGCCUGUCGGAUUGAGAGGUUUCAUGAUAGCAGCUAUGAUGUCAGCAAUUAUGAGUUCCCUGACAUCUAUAUUCAAUAGUGCUAGUACAGUGUUCACAAUGGAUAUUUGGAGAAGGGUAAGGACAACAUCUACACAAAAGGAAUUGUUGAUAGUUGGAAGAUUGUUUAUUGUUCUGAUGUGUACCUUAAGCAUUUUAUGGAUACCAUUGGUUAAAUCAGCACAAGGAGGAAAACUGUUUACUUACAUGGUAGUCGUGGAGGGAUAUCUUGGAUCGCCACUUGGGGUUUUGUUUCUAACAUCUAUUUUCUGGAAAGGGACAACUGAAGCGGGAGCUUUCUGGGGAUUAUUGAUAGGACAUGUAGUUGGCGGCACACGGCUUAUACUUGAAUUUGUUUAUCCUGCUCCAGCAUGUGGUAAACCAGAAACCCGACCAGAAAUUCUAUACAAGUUACACUCCAUGUAUUUCAUUCCUCUUCUGUUGGUGUUGACUGCAUCUGCAGUAGUCGUUAUCAGCAUGUUUACUACUAAAAGAACCGAAGCUGAGUUAGUAGGUGUGACGUGGUGGACUCGAUAUGACCCGUAUACAGUCAAUCGUAAGGACAAAGUUGGUGAAGAACAUAUGACAAUAAAAGAAGAAUGCGACAGCGAUCAACGUCAAUCUGGAGGGUUGUGUUCACGUUUCGUGGUAUUCCUGUUUGGUAGCAACGAUUCUCAUCUGACCCAAGAAAUACAAGUAGCUGAUAGAAAAACAUUUCUACAAGAGAAAAGACUAUGGAGAAUUUUCCUUAACCUGCUUGCUGUAUUUCUGAUUGCCAUAAUUGCAUUUCUCUGCGGAUUUUAUCACUAAAUUGUAUUGAUGUGUUAAAUGCAUUGUACAGUUUCUGUUGUCUACAUUAAAAAGUAUAUGUCCGGUAAAUUUGAAAAAAAAUACGAGUUACAUUGAAUCAAAAGAAAAAUAUUCCUUACAUUUCACAAUAAAUAGUUACCUUUGACUAAUACGUAUUCAUAAAGGUAUAUAUUGAAUGUUUUAAGUAUACAAAAUAAAAACUGAAUGACUCAUUAUCAACAA